AUGCAGUCGACCUGCCAGCAGCAGCAAGCUCAGCCAGGCCAGAACGGCACCUCCGCCAGCAGGACGUCGUUCCUCAUCGAGGAUAUCCUCAGCCGCGGCACCGUCACCCCGCACACCCAUCAUCACCAGCUGCACCACCAGCAUCUCACGUCGACCUCCGGCCACGGGCAGCACCACCAGUACCAGCAGUUCGCCAGUCUUCUGCCCGGCUACCCCGCGGCGCCGCCCGCCGCGGCGGCCUUCUUCCUGGGGCCGCUCUUCGGCAGCGCCGGCAUGGGGGUCGGCGUCGUGCCGGGGGUCGGCGAGCUGGCGGCCCUCAAGCACUGCCGACGGCGGAAGGCCCGGACCGUAUUCAGCGACCAGCAGCUGGCAGGUUUGGAAGCGAGGUUCGAGGUGCAGAGAUACCUGAGCACGCCCGAGAGGGUAGAGCUGGCAGCGGCGUUACACCUGUCCGAGACUCAGGUGAAAACGUGGUUCCAAAACCGACGGAUGAAGCACAAGAAGCAGCUGAGGAAGCUCAACACCAGCGGCAACGGCAAUUCCAGUUCGGGCCAGCAAUCGAUAUCCGUCACGUCGCCCGCUGAACGUCCCGUAGACUUUUCGCUGAGCGGCGGACGCGAGUCGCGCGCGAGCAGCGACGCGCCCGCGGACUCCGACGACGAGGACGACGACGAGAUCGACGUGCUGGGCGACGAGACGCCGUCGCCGGGCGCGACGCCGACGGCGACGCCGACCCCGACGACGCCGACGCCGGCGCCGACGUCCACGCCGACCCCGACGCCGACCUUGACGUCGACGUCGACGGUCGCGAGCCCGACGUCGGCGCGAAGCGGCACCCUGCCACCUCUGUCCAGACGCGGCACGCCGCCGAGGAUUCUCCACCCGACGAUCCACCCGCACCCGCACUCGCAUCCGCACUCGCAUCCGCACUCUCACCCGCAUCCGCACGCGAUCGGCCUGCACCAUCAGCCGCAGCACGGCCAGCAUUCCGCCCAGCGCCAGCAUCGCUGAGACGCGCCACGACGUGGUUUGGGAGUCAUCGCUCGUCCUUUAUCAGAAUCACGGCAACUACGCGUAGAGAGGAGAGGGAUAAUCUUCGUCCGUAGAGUACCGGCCACCCCCGUUCGGUGUCCCGCGACGACCGGACGUACCCAGCAGGUUCACCCAGGCUAGAGCUCGCCGCGUAACGGAGAACACGGAACACGGCAAGGGAUUCGUCCUCGCCCCGAGGGAUCGAGAGGAGAGAGGCCAAAGUCUUCGCGCAGUCCUUAAAGCGGUAUUUACGUGUCACUGAAAUCAUUCACGCUGUUCGAGAAAGCAGAACGGUACCGUCGCUGGAUGUUCCCGCUUGCGUAACGUAAUAAAGAAAAAAAAAAAAGAAGCGAAACGAAGGAAAUGAAGUUUUGUGCCGGUUCCGAAAUCUCUACUUUUUAUAGCGAAAUACGGUAAAAUAAAUACGGUAUCUGGUCUGUUGUUACUUUUUAUAGUCAAGUGUGUAAAAAUAGGCCGUGGUUUUCGUUGAGGAAUUAAACUGUCAUGCUCUGACGCGAUGUGUACACUUGUUUCUCCUCGAUUUGUCUUUUCCCAGGCUUCUGAAAUUCUUGGUCGCAUGGCACAUUUUUGGGAAAGAGAGAGGGAUAAAUUGAUAGACAGAUAAAAAGAGAGAGAGAGAGAGAGAAACUCGGCGAAUUUUUGGUACCGGAAGAACUUGGGACGUAGUCUGCCGAGGGCAACGUUUUCCGGGCCGCAUUGUGCAUCGACAUUGACAUUUAAUUGCGUCGUGGGUCGCGGCGGACGAUGAUCGAGUCUCUUCACGCGAUCAUAUCGCUAAUGGCCGGCGCGACAUUUCGGUGCCGUAGACAUUUUCGCGAUAGUUAACGAGGCGUCGAAUCGAGGGUCGCGAGAGCCGCUUCGUUAACGCGUUGACUGCCGUUAUUAGUAAUCAGGGCUAUUGAAAUUUUUUAAAACGUUCAUAAAAAAUGCGUAAAAAAAUUGAAUAUAAAAUUUUGGACGUCGCCCGCAGCUAGGUGAGGUGGUGAAGUAGAAAGCGCGCGAUUCGGAACCCAGCGAGAAAUGAUGUCGCAUCGACAUCGAUCGGCGAAUCAUUUCUCGCUGGAAACACUACUCGUGAGGAUUAUUAGGCUACGGAUGAUGCUUGAUGCGAAUUCGUCCUUUUAAAUCCUCUUAACAACGAGAGAAAGAGGAGACCGCUUUGAGGCACUUGAAUCGCAGCUUUAUGGCGAAUUCGAUUGCUUGCAGCAGUGCGGACUGACACGUUAUUAUCGUCAAAGAAUGCUUUGUUCUACAAUAAAUACGCACGUAUAAUCUGAUUUUAACCUUCAACAAAGCUCCUUGGCACUGAUGGAUCAAUUCGCAAUUGUAUGGGUCGAACAUGGCUAUUUGUCUAGCAACCUGAAACAAAACUCGUAACGUCAUUAAUCGCUCCCGGAGCGAUUAAUCCUGGUCCAGUCGAAAACGCUAUAAGACAGCCAUAAACAUAAGAGUUGACUCUGAACAAGCCUUGGUUCGCACUCGCAACAGCGCGCGCUAGCGCAAGCAACCGAUUUCGCUAACAGGCUCGUUUGAUCGUCGCAUGAUAUUCUGUUGUUACGCGAAUGAUGGAAAUUCCGCGACCAGCGCGGAUAAGACAUGCAAAACUGACCGACACGUCGCGGCCCGUGAUUGCGACAAUCGGGCGAUUACGCGAGACGAUCGUGUAGCGCCGUUUUUGCUACCUGUUGCGGCGACAUUAGAUCGGCAAGAUCGGCAAGUGGCUGUUAAGAAAAGAGACGAUAUUGCAACGGACGAUAGAGAUUUUCCAACGAGCGCGCGUGUCACGGGCGGCGAGGCGCCUGCGGGGCACGUCGUGCUUCCAGUUGGGGUGAAUCCUAAUACCCAGAUAAUGGGAAGUAAUUGCGAGGGAUCAGAGCGAGCGAAGCUACUCUGUCGGCUGUCGGGUUCGGGGGCAGCGGGAUGCGUGCGGAGAGAGAGAGAGAGGGAGAGAGAGAGAGAGGAGAGAGGGUGGCGCCACGCUUCCAUCCCUCCGUCCCUUCCCUCGCCCCUCCUUCCCUACUUUCCCUUCUCGCUGUCGAUUCGCGGGGGUGGAGAAAGAGGACGAAGAGAGGAUCGUAAUCGUGUUAUCGGGACGAAAUCACGGGGUACAUUCUCGGAUACACAUCGGAUAGAUGGAUACGCGCGUCGCGACCGUGCGCGAGACCAAUCCGCGCGAGAUUUACUUCCGGUGAAAGAUAUCGGGGGCAGGUGAGAGGUAGAGGGGGCGAGUUUGUGUAUCGACGUCGCGCUUCGCGCGGGGCGUUUUUGGUUUCUCGAAGACGGCGAAUUCCACUUUCGGAAUCUCUCUCGGCGUUUCUUUCUCCGCGCGAACGACGCGUCGGAGGUAACUCUCUGGCGAACAAAACGUCGCGCGCGCGGGGUGGCGAGAGGGGAGGAAGCUUGGCCUUUGAUGGCGCGGGGGAGAUAACGCCGGCGUUGUUCGGCGGCAGAGACGCGCCGGGACCGGCCAGGUAAGCUGGUAAACUAAAUGAGAUCACGGGGCCAUUUAUGACGUUUAUUAAAUUCCGUUAAGACGCCUAUUAUUACGGUACGUAAAUAAAGGGGGAGAUUUCGCGCCCCUCGCCGAGGGAGACGGAGCGGAAUGCGGCGAAAAUAAUGAAAUAAAGGACAAUG